UAUUGGAUAACAUCUAUAAAAAGCAAGUCAUAAAUGAACAUUUUAAAAAACCAUGAAAAUGUAUUCCAAAAUUUUAAUGGUUGUGCUUCUAGCACAUUUUUUGGAUAAUUUAUCAGCGGCUAUACUUAAACCAGAUAAACUUACAUCUUUGAAUGAGAAUAGUAGUUCAACUCAACCUAAAACCAUUUUAAUUCAAAAUCAACCUAAUAAAAGUCAUCAUACUGAUUUGGGAAAUUCCAAAGUUAAUCCUGUUGUUCCUUUAAAUACUUCUGCUUCACCUGCACUUCCAUUACCUUCAGUAACUUCAUCACCUCCAGCACCUACAGUCUUACAAAAUACAAAAAAAACAAGUUCACCUGUAAUAGGUUCUUCAACUUCUAAACUUACAGUACCACAAUUUGAGAAACAAAAGGAAAAUGACGAUCAACAAGAAUUUGAAUUAGUUGAAGAAGAAGAUGAUUAUGAAGAAGGAGAUGAUUAUGAAGAAGGAGAUGACUAUGAAGAAAAUGAUUAUGAAGGAGAUGAUUAUGAAGAAGGAGAUAAUUAUGAAGCUUAUGAUAAAGCACAAGUAGAAAAAAAAGAUGGUUUCAACAGUAAAGAUUAUUUAGAAAAUCCAAAUCAUACAAUUUCUACAGUACUACAAUCAUCUAAGAAUGAAUUAACAGAAAACAAUUACAAUUAUCCUGAAUACCAAUCAAAUACCAAUGAAAACAAUCAAAUAUAUCAAAAUGAUGAGUGGGAAUCAGAGUCUUUUAAUAUCAACAAAAAACCCAUUAAUAUUCAUGAAACUCUAGACAGAAAUAAUGAUAAUACCAAAGAUCAAUCAAUCAACACUGAUGAUUUAGAAUCAAAAUCAAGCUAUGAUACACAGAUAAUUACUGAUAAUCAGGAAGAAAGUGUAGAAGACCAAUUUAACAAUCAAAAUCUGUCAGAAGAUAAAGAAAAAAUUGUCAAUGGGUAUAAAGCUAUCAAGCAAAUAUUAUACAUGUUACACGACUAUGCAAGUUUAACAUUUAAUUGGAUCAUUAGCAAAAUAAAUUACCGAAUAGAAGAAGUCUCAGUUAGAUAAACAGUUAUUAUGUUAUUAAAUUAAUAUUAUAAUAUUUGGUUAAAAAGUGAAUAAGUAACAAUGACAACAAAUGAAAAAUAAU